AUGAGUUUGACAAGUGGUGCUGGUCCUUUGCCUACUGGAGGUGCUGGUGUCGCUGGUCCCGGAGGUGGUCGUACUGGGGGUACUGGAGCUGUUGGGGCGGGCGGUGGUGUGUCUGAGGGUACUGCUGUUGGUGGCACUGCGGUUGGAGACCCUGGGACUGGGGGUGCCGGUUCUGGGGGUGUUGCACCAAGAGGGGCUGGAGGUGCUGGGGGUGCUGGAGCUGCUGGAGGUAGUGGAGCUGCUGGAGGCGCUCGAGCUGCUGGAGGUAAUGGAGCUGCUGAGGGUACUGGACCUGCUGGAGGUGCUGGAGCUGAUGAGAGUGCUGGAGCUGCUGGAGGUGCAGGAGCUGCUGAGGGUGCUGGAGCUGCUGGUGCUGGUGACACUGCACGGCCGCGUUUGUUCUUUGCUCCGCCGUCUCCGUCGUCCCUGCCACCGCCUGACUCCGUGCUUCGCCAGGUUCUUAGCCUCCCAUCGUCUACUGGUCUUCUGUUAAAGCCUGGCUCAACUCUGCCUGCUCCUUCUCCUUACGCUGAGCAGACCGGGGGCCUUACGGAGCGUCGUGAGCAUGCGUCACGUCCUGUCUCACCUGUCCGUUCUGGUUGUUCCAGAAAUCGUAUUCCUCGUCAGCGUCAGUUGGCUGUCCCCGGCCCUUCCCUUGUAGUCCGUCGUCCUUCCUCUCCUCCGCAGAGUGUUCCUCUGCCGUCCCCACCUGCGUCCUCUCUACCUGUUGUUGCUGACCCUAAGUCUGACCGGUUUUGUGCUGAGCACCCUACUGUCACGCAUCUGCUAGCCACUGUUGCCGCCGACCCGUCGUUUGAGUCUGUUGCUGCGUGUCCCUUAGUCGCUGAGCUUUGUGCUCUUGGCACGGAUGUCUUUGAGGACAUGCAGAAGGAUCUUGAGUGUCUGGCAGCCGCUGUGCCUCAUCUCGUGCCCAUGCUGCUUUCCCUUGAGGGAGACCCGGAUGCACCAGACAUCCCGACUCCUCGAUCGUACGCUGAGGCGAUCGAGGGUCCCUACUCCUCACAGUGGCAGACAGCAAUGGACGCACAAAUGGCAUCCUGGAAGUCCACAAGCACCUACGUCGACAAGGUUCCCCCUCAUGGGGCGAAAAUUGUCAGUGGCAUGUGGAUCUUCAGGGUGAAGCGGCCGCCAGGUUCUCCGCCUGUCUUCAAGGCUCGUUACGUUGCUUGA